CGCCUAAUUUGAGGCUGAUGAGCGCUUCUUCUGACGCAAAGCUAGGGAUUGACGUAAUCAGGCUCUGUCAAUCUAGUCUGACGUUCUCACGUUACGGGUAUGGUCUGCUAGAGCCUCAAAGAUCUCCUUGGCAGACUUGGCCCAGUCAGGUUAGGCUCUAGCUAAUACUUUCCAGGUUUCGUACAUGCUACAUGCUUUUUUGCACAGUAACAGACAUCUGAACCCGCAUCAUGAUAUGGGCGAAGAAAAGAUUCUGCAAAAUGCUCUGCCCAGCGACCCCGUGAGCAUAUUAGGCAGUCUUGGUUCGGUCCAAGUCAAAGAUGGAACCUUACGCAUGUUGAAAACACGUGCCGAAGUCAAAGCAAAAUCAGAAACUUUAGAUGUCUAUGCACUAGCCGUACCAGCGCAAUACUCCAGUAGAAUUCUAAACACGGUCAGAGCGGUCGUCCCUGAUCUGAAUACCAUAGACAUACAGCAUAUCAAGCGUGUUGCAAAAUACGACUUCCUCACGAUCCAUGUGUUGAACAAGUUUAGCAUGGCCUCUGGUUACAGCGACGCAAAUGGGAACCAAUUCGACACCCUCGAAAACAUUCGAUACAUCGUCGUCUGCCCGGUAUCAUCGAUUACAGAGGGAAUAUUGUCGAACGCCCUCUCAUCACAGCCCCCGUUCUCCGAUUCCGGAUUCCCAUUAGUCUUGGUUACUCUUCCAGUACCAGCAUAUGCUCCAACUUCCAGUGAGCAAGCAGACGAGUGGAGUGUCCAAUACUGGCCAAUAUCUUACAAGAAUACGAAUCCUUAUGGACCGCAUCCCAGCAUGGUACUCCACAACGAAGCCGAAAUUGUCAAAUCUUCUGGUGCUGCUCUCACACUGGCAGAGUGUGUCGCGAACGAAGCUUACGAGAAUGGAUCGAGCUUGCCAAUUGGCUGCGUGAUUGUAGAUCGCACCGAUAAAGUUGAAAAGGUCGUGGCUAUAGCAGCUGAUGCUCGCUGGCAAAGCCAGGGAUCAAAGGAAGGUGCUGGUAACGUCAUGGUGCAUGCCGUCCAGCGAGCCAUAUCGCUGGUUGCGCAGAAACGGCUUCGAGCAGAGCAGCUCAAACAAGACGCUCUACACUCGAAACACGGCAGCUUAAGCCAAGAACAGCCGAGCUGUUCCAAAAACUCGAGCGUAUUCCUGGACUAUCCGAUUGGAGACAUCGAAAGACGUGUACACAGUCUCGACAACAUCGCCGCUGGAGGAUAUCUCUGUACAGAUUUAGACAUCUACAUUACGCAUGAGCCAUGUGUAAUGUGCUCCAUGGCGAUUUUACACUCCCGUUUUCGCCGUAUUGUCUUCCAGAGACGCAUGCCUCUGACAGGAGGUAUGAUCGCCGACAGCGGUUUGAAGUACGGCAUCUUCUGGAGACCGGCCGAACUGAAUUGGAAAAUGCUAGCUUGGAUAUGGGAGCCCAUAGAAGUAGAAGACAACUCCUUGGAUAUAGCGGACCAAUUUCAUGUUUGAUACUUGUACAUUCUGCGUGAGCUCUGUUUGUAGCCAGCCUCGUGCAUCGUGAUGUAAAGGCGUGAUAAAGAAGCAAUAGAUGCGGGAAAAGAGUAUCCAGAACGACAAUACGGCGUCAGGACUUACUAUCGCCAAAUCCGGAAAGAAUCCAAAAACCGACGUUUACGAGGUGAGAUCUGGACUCACUUCCUCCAGGAUGACAUCCGAAGUGGCACUGCCAGGAGACAACCAGUACUACGACUUGGCCAUCCCCCCGAAAACCGUCAGAGAGCAUGUGAACGAACACAGUUGUUUGCUUCAGUAUAUAAAGGC